UGAGCCUGCCUGAAAAUGUUCUCCUGUGUUGUUCAAUUUCGAAGGAGCGCAGGACUUUGCGGUGAAAUAAUACCUUUUUAUGCGUGAGGGAAACUAAAACAAAGCUCAUGGUUCGCGACUAAAGUCAGCCGCGGUUCCGUUUUCGGGUCGAGGUGUGAUUUUGGGUGACUCCGAGGUGAAGUUUGUGUGAUCCUUUUCUUUAUUUUCCCGGAGUGAUGUCGAAUCCUGGGAAUCGGAGGAACGGGUCCAGCAUCAAAAUCCGACUGACAGUAUUAUGUGCCAAGAACCUCGCAAAGAAAGACUUCUUUCGGCUACCGGAUCCAUUCGCCAAGGUCGUGGUGGACGGAUCGGGUCAGUGCCACUCCACCGACACAGUCAAGAGCACCCUGGAUCCCAAAUGGAAUCAGCACUAUGACCUACCAGCGUCUAGAUCUGUGUAAGCUGAACCCUUCUGACAGUGAUGCAGUGAGGGGGCAGAUUGUAGUGAGUCUACAGACGCGAGAUCGGAUCGGCGGUGGCACCGUUGUAGACUGCAGAGGAUUGUUGGAAAACGAUGCGCCUGUGUUUGAGGGGUGUUUCAGUGAGGAACCGCUGCCCUACUCUGACCCCACUGGUGCUGCGGGAGGCGGGAACUGCCGGCUGGACUCCCCGGGUCAGGAGAACCGUCUUCAGUCGCAGCGAAUCAGAGGGCAGGACUCCAGAGGUCACGGCCACACCCCUCAGAACAGACCCCACGGACAUCAGCCGCCUGACCUUCCGGAGGGAUACGAGCAGCGAACCACCGUUCAGGGCCAGGUGUACUUCCUUCACACACAGACAGGGGUCAGCACCUGGCACGACCCUCGGAUACCUCGGGACCUGGCAAGUAGGAGCUGUGAGGAACUCGGUCCAUUACCCGUGGGCUGGGAGGUCCGAAGCACUGUGUCCGGACGCAUCUACUUUGUGGACCACAACAACAGAACCACACAGUUCACAGAUCCACGUCUUCACACCAUUAUCAGCCAGCAAUCUCAAGUAAAAGAAACCUCCCAGCCCCCUCAGAUGGAAGUGGGGGUUGAAGAGGGGGGAGUCGGAGGAGUGAACGGUGGAGAUGGAGAUUUGGCGGUGCGCUAUGAGAGAGACUUGGUGCAUAAGUUGAAGCUGCUCCGCCACGAGCUAUCGCUGCAGCAGCCUCAAGCUGGACACUGUCGUAUAGAGGUGUCCCGCGAGGAGAUCUUUGAGGAGUCGUAUCGACAGAUAAUGAAGAUGAGGCCCAAAGACCUGAAGAAGCGGCUGAUGGUGAAGUUCAGAGGAGAGGAGGGUCUGGAUUAUGGAGGGGUGGCCAGGGAGUGGUUGUACCUUCUGUGCCAUGAAAUGUUGAACCCGUACUACGGCCUGUUCCAGUACUCCACGGACAACAUCUACACGCUACAGAUCAACCCCGACUCUUCCAUCAAUCCUGACCACCUGUCAUAUUUCCACUUCGUGGGUCGAGUCAUGGGCCUGGCGGUCUUCCACAGUCACUACAUCAAUGGGAGCUUCACUCUGCCCUUCUACAAGCAGCUGCUCGGCAAACCCAUCCAGCUCAACGACCUGGAGACCACGGACCCCGAGCUGCACAAGAGCCUCAUCUGGAUAUUAGAAAACGACAUCACUUCGGUCCUGGAUCACACGUUUUGCGUGGAGCACAACGCCUUUGGGAAGUUCUCACAACACGAACUGAAACCUAACGGCAGAAAUAUCUCAGUCACGGAGGAGAACAAGAAGGAAUACGUCAGACUCUAUGUGAACUGGAGGUUCAUGCGGGGAAUUGAAGCCCAGUUUCUGGCUCUACAAAAAGGUUUCAGUGAGCUGAUCCCGCAGCACCUCCUCAAACCUUUUGACCACAAAGAGCUUGAGCUGAUCAUUGGUGGGCUUGGAAAGAUAGACCUUGCGGACUGGAAGGCCAACACCCGCCUGAAACACUGCACAAGUGAAAGCAACGUGGUUCGGUGGUUCUGGCAGGCGGUGGAGGACUUCAGCGAGGAGAGGAGAGGGCGCCUCCUGCAGUUUGUCACAGGCUCCACCCGGGUCCCACUACAGGGGUUCAAAGCUCUGCAGGGUUCUGCAGGACCAAGGCUCUUCACCAUCCACCUGAUAGACGCCAACACGGACAACCUGCCCAAGGCUCACACCUGUUUCAACAGGAUAGACGUCCCUCCCUACGAGUCUUAUGAGAAACUUUAUGAAAAACUGCUGACGGCCGUGGAGGAGACCUGCGGCUUUGCUGUGGAGUGACGAGUCCACCGCCAAGUCAACACACAGUUACACUCGCUUGCACUUGCACACAAACUGCAACAUUUUUACAGACGCGCACACGGACCUUCAGAGUAUACACGGCGUGUGCAGCGCAGCCACGCGCCACAUGAACAUACCGACUCUUUGCCACUUCUGAACCGCCGAACUGUUAGAGGCUAACAGAGGAGGCGCUGCAGGAGGAGGUGGAAAGAAAGAAGUAUUUUCAACUUUUUUCCAAUGUUUUGAAGAAGCGUUUUUAUCCUUCGGUUUUAACAAGCUAUGAUGUCAUUCUGAAGAAUGUCGGCCCAGACUCCAGUCAGCAUCAGCCAAUCACGUAAGAGCCUGCGAACAGAGGCGGGUCGCUCUCCCUGACGAGCUGAUCGAUCGGCUCGAUUCAUGCUUCACAUUUAACCACUGUCGUGUGCGCGCGUGCAUGUGGGAGAGUAAGAAUGUGUGUGUGAGUGUGCAUGUUUGUGUGUGCCAGGCAUGGCACUCAGUUAUACUGUUUAAAAACAAAAAGAUAAAAUGAGCCUCUGUUUUUGUCUCAUGUUUAUACCUGCGACCACUUGGAUCCACUCGGAUAUUUUAUUAUUUAUUACUAAGUGAUUACUGACCAAGCUGCUAUUCGCUCUACAGUGAGCCAUCACUAAUCUCUUAAUCUACCAGAGCUGAAGGGUCUAUUUUCAUGCAAUGCAAGUAAUCCACAAAGUGGGUUUUUAUUGAAUUUUGUUACUCUUAACAUUCA